AUGGCUCAGACAAAGAGGAGUACAGGUGUUCAGCCUUGGUUGAAUGACCAAGAGACCACCGCUCUGCAGUCUCAUAUUGAGGAUUGGGAGAAGGCAAGUGGGAAGGAACGACAACUGAUAUUCAAAGCAGCUGCCAGGGAGACCAAGGUCUUGGCUCCAAAAAUGGACAAAGAGCUGUUAAAGGAAAGGAAAUAUUCACCCUGGACAGACAUACCGACAGUGGUUCCACAAUCACAAGAAGGUCCAGACCAAUUCCAAAGCACCCACCAAGCCAAAAAGAAAUGGACGGCACAGCGAGUCAUUGAGGAAGAGCGCAAGGCCGAGAUUCUUCAGCAAAUUCGGGAAGAAAUUGAGGAAGAGACUGGAGAGAAGCCUGCCCACAAGGAAGUACUGAGGAGGUAUCAGCCGACCAUGACGGCAAUCAUGCACCGGCUGGACAAAAAGGAGUUGCAGGAAGCUGAGGCAAAGGCUGAUAAGUGGACGAAUCAAGCCCCCAAUGCCACUGUCCAGGCCAAGACAGCUAGGAAGAAGGGCGAAAAAAUGGUCAAGAACUUCACCAAAGAAAUGUUUACUCAGGCCGGUAUGAGAGUCUUUGUUUUGGGUUCCUGGAAGGAUGAGAAGGGGGGGCUGCUUACAUCUGGGUUUGACUUCAAUGAGCAGCUCGGUAAGGGAUCCAGCUUCAUGAAAGGCAAGGACUGGCAGGCCAUCCUACCAGUAUGGGAAGAUUUCAUUGGCGAUGCAUUUGACCAUGAUCAAGACCAGGACGCCACACUGCUCGGAGGCACUUGGCGGGUCCCAAAACCAUACCAUGAAUUCAAGCUGGACCGUUCGGGUUCGCUGAUGUUGCCCGAGAUGGACAAUUUAUCCCUCGAGACCAAGAAGGCAAUGAUUCAGUCAUUCCUUACCAUUCAUUACAGUAAGCCAGAUGACCGAUACCCAUUUUAUCAUCUGACGCCGGCUGGAACCGGAACAUGUUGUGGAAAGCCCAAGGUCCCAGUGCCCUGGAGCGACAUCAUGAAGGGGCAGUCCAGAUUUAUCUCCAGCACAUACCUACCUGAUGAUACCAAGAUCUUGGAGCCAUCCAAAAUGCUCCGCACUGAUGCCAAUGCAAUCUUGGACUUUUGGUGGGACCAACAGGAAACCCAGGUUGGACCAACCUUCAGAUUCAAAGCCUGGAUGGAUUAA